GAAUAGUAACAAACAUACGACUGAGCGAUUAAUUUGUGUGCGGAGACUAAUAAAAUACUAUAAUGAUAUCGUGAAAUCGCGUUGGAAUUUUACAAAACGGCAUUCAGUCACGAAAGCUGAGUCGAUAUCGCGUUCCUGAACGCACCUCAGAGCUGUGUCACUGGCCGGCCGUGCUGUCAAAAUAUAAAAAUGACCGAGGAUUCAAGUAAAAGAACUUUUUUGGGAUUCGAUUUUAGUACACAAAGGCUAAAAGCCAUAGUUAUUGGUGAAGACUUUAGUGUACUACAUGAGGCUGAUGUUGAAUUUGAUGUGGACCUGCCCGAAUUUAGGACGGCUGGAGGUGUGGUACGUGGAACUGACCGAGGUGAGGUGAUCGCACCUCCGUUACUAUGGGUGAAAGCAUUAGACAUGGUGAUGGACCGCCUCGUUGUGGCUGGAGUCGACUUCUCUAUCAUUGAAGCGGUUUCUGGAGCUGGACAGCAACAUGGCUCAGUAUGGUGGUCUAAGGAUGCUGAGUCAAAGCUUGGCAAACUGUCUCCGGAUGAGUUCCUCCACACCCAGCUGGCCACGGCCUUUGUGACUGAUUCUCCUGUGUGGAUGGACUCCAGCACCACUGUAGACUGUAAGGAGCUAGAGGAGGCUAUAGGAGCUGAGGAGCUAUCAAAGAUCACGGGAUCCCGUGCGUACGAGCGGUUCACAGGUCCUCAGAUCCGUAAGAUGUUCAGGAAGCGGCCGCGGGUGUACCAGGCGGCAGCCAGGAUCUCGCUGGUGUCGUCCUUCGCCUGCUCGCUCCUGGCCGGCAAGAUAGCCCCCAUAGACCUCGCUGAUGGCUCCGGCAUGAACCUCCUUGAUAUCAGAACUAAGCAGUGGGAUGAGAAAUGUUUGCAGGCGUGUGGUGAUGAAUCUCUGUCUUCCAAGUUGGGUACCCCAGUGCCCAGUGCCACGGUGGUGGGCUCUAUCAGCCCCUACUUCGUGGGCCGAUACGCGUUCAAACCCGACUGCAAAGUGGUCGCCUUUACUGGAGACAACUGUUCAGCUCUUGCAGGUCUCCGCCUCCGCUCGGGUUGGGUGGGUCUGUCCCUGGGUACGAGCGACACGCUGCUGCUAGGGCUCCAGUCCCCCGCGGCCCCGAGCGCCGGCCACGUCCUGGUGGGCCCCACCCCCGACGCCCCCUACAUGGCCCUGCUGUGCUUCGCCAACGGAUCGCUGACCAGACAGAACCAUCGCGACAGACUGGCCGGCAACAGCUGGGACGCCUUCAAUGAACUACUGCGCGCUACUGUUCGAGGGAAUAUGGGGUAUAUGGGCAUCUACUACGACACGGCGGAGAUAGUCCCGCGCGCGGCGGCGGGGCGCUGGCUGCAGGACGGGGCGGGGCGCGGCGUGGAGCGCGCCGCGCCGCAGUACGAGGCGCGCGCGCUGCUCGAGGGACAGGCACUCGCGCGCAGGGCGCACGCAGAGGACAUGGGCUUCACGCUCGACAAGUCGUCCCGUGUGAUAGCGACGGGCGGUGCGUCAGUCAACAAGGAGCUGUUGCAGAUAUUCGCCGAUGUCUUCGACACGCCCGUCUACGUGCAGGAUCAGCACGCUAACGCCGCGUUGCUAGGAGCAGCUAUCCGCGCCGCCGAGGUAUGGAGCAAGGAGACUGGCAUAACUCUACCUGGUUCCGAGCUGAAAGUGUCACCAGUAGCGACCCCAUACCCGGAUCACGACAAGAUCUACACUCCAAUGCUAGCUCGCUACAGACAGAUCAUUGAAACCAUCCCCAAACUAGGGUAAUACACGAACAGGCUAUCAUCAUAAUAACGUCCAAUACUGGACUUCGCUUGGACUAUAUACUUAACAGAAAUAUACAUAUCACAUUUUUUACGCGAAAUAAUAUAAUACAUGGGACUCGAAAAUAGGUGCUACAUGUAAUGUGCACUUUUACUGACACAAAAAUGGCUCAUGUGUAACUUGGUGCUAAAUAAAGUGCCUACAUGUAUUCCCAAUUGCUGCUAAAGGAUCUGUGGGGCUGCAUUUAAUAGCUAAUGUUUUAAUAUUCAUUAUGAAAGCUUAUUUACCACAUUUUUAAAUAAGGAUAUUCACAUUCCCAGUGAUGAACAUUUUGCUAACCUUAACUCUGCCUAUUCCUUUGAGGUUUAAAGGCGUGAUGUUAGUAAACAUUCCAUUCUAUUCAUAUUUCAUAUUAUACAUCUUUUUCAUACACUUGUUGAUAUUUUUAUUGUUGAUUUUUUAUUAAAAUGUUUCAGAAUCUUGAUGUUUGUGAUCAUAGUGAUAAGCGAUGUAUUUAUUAUAGACAUUUUUAUAUUUAUUUACUUGACAAUCUCAUGGUGCUUUGCUGUGCAAUAUUCCAACAACAUUCCAUUAUAUUGUAAGCAUAAUAGUUAUCAGUUAUUCAAAUGAAAUCAUGUUACUCUAUUAUUGUUAACAGUGCAUUUGUCUGCUUUUAAAAUCUAAUCUGCAAUCAAUUGUUUUAAACUGAAAUAUGCGUUUGAUAUUUACAUAAUUAUAUGAAAUUUUUGUUAAUUUUUAUACGAUUUUAUAAAUAAAUGUUUGCUAUUA